UUAAGUAAAGUCCCGAAUUUAUACGAGUAGUUUUGACAGGUCGAAAAUUGAAAAUUGUACAACCGGAAAGAAUUUUUCUACUAUUUGAUUAGUAAGCACUUUCAAAAUCGAUCGGAGCAGGGAAUUGUUUACACAGUUUUGUGUAAGAAGAUGGUCAAGUGCUCAGAAACUGAGUUUUAUCGGGACGACUACACUUAUGCGGAGGAGCCCGUCGACUACGACAAACUUCCCAUAACAGAAACUUUAAUUAUCGACUCUCUAAAUGAACAACUGCCAACAGGCGAAGAAGGCAAGUAUGCCCGACUGGUGAAACUUGACAUCCAUACUAUCACGCAUUUAAAGUUAGAGUACAAAUCAAUUUCUAUAAUUGACAACUUGACCAAUCUUGAUGCCUUAACAAAACUGCAAUUGUGUAAUAAUGUCAUCACGAAGAUUGAAAACUUGGACGCCCUCGUUAACCUGGUCUGGCUGGAUUUGUCGUUCAAUUGCAUUCAAAAAAUUGAGAAUUUGGAUAACUUGAGGAAAAUUGAAGUUUUGGAUUUGCAUCGAAAUUUUAUCUCGACUCUGGAAAACAUGGAGAAUCUAUUGAGGAUGGAAAUUUUUCAUAUUUCCAGCAAUAAAUUGGACAAUUAUGAGAAUGUGAGAUGUAAAUAUUUAAAAUGUUAAGCUGUGUACAGUAAAAUUACAGUUUUUUCCAUCAUUUUCAACAGGUGAAAUACCUCAGGAAAUUUAUUCGUCUCCGAUCUGCCAGCUUUUUAGGAAAU